GUCUAGGCACGAACGUCAACAUCCCGUGGCCGGCUGAAGUGGAAGGGGUGGGUGAUCCGGAAUACCUUGCAGCAAUGCGGAGUAUAGUGGUGCCUAUACUGCAUGCGUUCAAGCCAGGACUGUUGUUUGUACAAGCAGGGUUUACUGCGGCGGUCGGGGAUACUCUGGGCAUGCGCGUCACGCCGGCUGGGUUUGGACAGAUGACCAAUAUGCUGAAGGCUGUGGCCGGUGGCAGAAUUAUCUUGGCUUUGGAAGGGGGUAGCAAUGCGGAGUCAGUGGUCGAAUGCGUAGUUUCCUGCACGAGUGUACUGAGCGAUGAAAGUCUACCCCGGCUGUCUGAUGCAGCCAUCGCCGCUGUGCCGCUAAGAUCGUGUUCUGCGAUGCUGCAGAAGGUUAUCGAUGUGCAGUCUAAGUACUAUCCCAGCCUGGAACGCAUGCGGGACUUGACUGGGAUCAGCCUACGCGAGUGUUCAAGGCUAGAUGAUCGCGAUGUGCACGAGGCGCGCGAAGUGGUGAGUUGCAUGUGCAUGCCUAC